AUGAAUAUUGAUCUAACACAUCAAGAUUCUAAUAUAGAUCAAGUAAUUCGUGAAAUUAAAGACAGUUUCUGUCUGAAUACUUCAGGUAAUAACUAUGAUAAAGCAGUUCUUAUGGAUUAUUCUCAACAAUAUUAUGAACAAAUGAAAUCUAUCAAUAAAGAUUUAAAAGAGGAUAAAACGAACGAAGUCGCAAAUUACACCAUUCCAAUUGAAUCUGAAAUGCAAAAUUUAAAGAAUGAACAUAAAUUAUUGAAAGCUUACAUUCGUAUUAGCAAAUCUUGUGACAAGCUUGAUGACUAUUGCACUCGUUCUGAUUUAAAUACUCUAAAUGAAGAAUCGAGACGAGAAUUAGAAUUUCUUUUAAAUUUGCCACUUCUUAGCAACUAUCGGAUUAACGAAACAUUCAAAAAUUUAAAGUUAGUAUAUUCUAAGACAAAGAUACCUUCAGAAUUAUAUCAAAUAAACCGAUCAAAAUAUUACCAAGUUCUUAAAGGCGAAAUCAUCAAACUUGUUGAUUUAAACAGCAUACUUGGUGAUUUUGUGAGGCAGUAUCAGGAUUACAGCGCUUACGAACGAUUUCAAAAGUUAGGGAACUCAUUUUACCCCGAAUCACAAUUUAAACAAUUCUUUUCGGAAGAACAACAACAUAUAUUGGAUAACAAACUAUCAGAAUUGAAAAAAUUAUGGAAUUGCGAUAAUAAAUUUGAUGAAAACGUUAUUUAUGUUUUAAAGAAUAAAUUCAAGAGUGAUAUCGUAAGAAGUGACUACAUACAAUUACUUUUCAUGUAUUAUAUCAUUGAAAAUACAAACAAUUUUAUUUGUCCAUAUUUAAUCAAUAUAUUUGAUUAUCUAAAGACAGAAAUCUCAAUUAUGCUUUUAACAGUAGGAAAUUUAGGUGUUGAAGCUGAUAAUUUCCCAUUAUUUUUCAAUUUUAUUUUGGAUAUCGUAAAAAGUGUUUCGAUUUGCCAAGGAAUCAAAAAGUUCAUGUUUCUAUGUGUUGAUGCAUUCAAAAGUUACAUCAAACAUAACAAAAAUCUGAAUUUACUUCCAUAUUUUCUUUCAAUCGAGAAAAUUGAAGAAAGUAAACGAGAUCAUUUCAGGCCAAUCUAUUUAUUCUUAGUAAAUGAAUAUUCCCAAAUGAUUAUUGAUUUAAUUUUAAAGAAUUUUCCUCAAAUUUCAGAAAUAUUCGCUCCUCCGACAAGGAGGAAUCAAAACAAUUGGCUACAAGCCAAACAAAUCAUCAAAUAUGGUCCAUUAAACCAAUAUUUGAGCAACAUAAUGACUAGUACAGAAUUUGUUUUGAAUUUCCAAACGAAAAAGGACAUUAUUACAGAUGCUUUAGAAAAAAUAUACAGAAAAAUCGGAGAACCAUUCAAACCUCAGUACAUUUUCCCAGAAAUCUUCUCAAAAUAA